AAUACUUUCUGAAGUUAAAGUUUGCAUUAUAAAAAUAAACAGAGGGAAGUAUUAUUUUUGCUCCAUUAAAAGUAAAAGAGAAAUAAAAAGGGGCACUGCUGCUUCCCCACGCUCUUCUGUAUGAGGCCAUCUCGUCUGAACCAGCACUCCUUCCUCUUCCUCCUCCGAGAGGCCUCCGCCUCCGCCGCCGCGCGCCGCCGCCUCCCUCCCCUCCACGCUCUCCUCGUCAAGCUCGGCCUCCAGCCCUACGCGCGCGUGCACAAUGCCCUCAUCCAGGCGUACGCCGCCUCGGGCCUCGUCGACGACGCCCGCAGGGUGUUCGACGGAAUGUCCCACCGGGACACCGUCUCGUUCAACUCCAUGAUCCACGCCCACGCCAUGUCCGGCGACGUCGUCUCGGCGCGCCGGCUGUUCGAGCGUGUCCCGUCGCCGACACCCGUCACGUGGACGUCGAUGGUCGCGGGGCUCUGCCGCGCCGGGGACGUCGCCGCGGCGAGGCGCCUGUUCGAGGAGAUGCCGGUGAGGGACCUGGUUUCCUGGAACGCCAUGAUGUCCGGGCUCGCCGGGAACAGGCGGCCCGUGGAGGCGCUGUGCCUCUUCCGCCGGAUGAUGGCGGAGGGCUUCGCGCCGAACCGCGGGACGGUCCUCAGCGCGCUGGCGGCGUGCGCGGGCGCCGGCGCGCUGGAGACGGGGAAGUGGAUCCACGCCUUCGUCGAGAGGAAGAGGCUCUUCCGGUGGUGGGAUGAGUUCCUCGGCACUGCGCUGCUCGACAUGUAUGCCAAGUGCGGCGCCGUGGAGCUUGCUCUGGAUGUGUUCACCAAGUUGAGAUCGAGGAACACUUGCACAUGGAACGCCAUGAUCAAUGGCUUGGCCAUGAAUGGCUACUCAGCAAAAGCAUUGGACAUGUUUCGCAAGAUGGAGCUUGACAGAACAGUGGUGCCGGAUGAAGUGACCUUUGUAGGAGUCCUACUAGCUUGCAGCCAUGGUGGAUUUGUGGAUGUAGGGAGGGAGCAUUUCCACAUGAUUGAGAAGAAGUAUGGCAUAAGGUUAAUCCUUGAGCAUUAUGCAUGCAUGGUUGAUCUCCUUGCUCGCUCCGGUCAUCUGCAGGAAGCCCACAAAAUCAUUGCAGGAAUGCCGAUGAAACCCGAUGCUGUCGUUUGGAGGGCAUUGCUCGGUGGAUGCCGUCUCCACAAGGAUGUCAAGAUGGCUGAAACUGCAAUAUCUGAGAUGGAAGCAACUUGUAGUGGUGAUCAUGUCCUCCUGUCAAAUCUCUAUGCUGCAGUUGGGAGAUGGAGUGGUGUUGAAGAUGUCCGGAGGACCAUGAGAAGCAAGGGGAUUGAGAAGAUUCCUGGCUGCAGCUCAAUUGAGAUAAAUGACUCCAUCCAUGAGUUCGUCUCAGGUGACAAGUCACACCCAUCAUAUAAUGACAUUCAUGCAAAGCUGGCUGAGAUUAGCGCAAGGAUGCAACAACAAGGUUAUGUCACAGAGACUGCAGAGGUGUUUUAUGAUGUUGAGGAGGAAGAGAAAGAACAGGCACUCGGUCAUCACAGCGAGAAGCUUGCAAUUGCAUUUGGGCUCAUUGGAGGCCCUCCAAAUGUAGCAAUCAGAAUCGUAAAGAAUCUUCGCUUUUGUGCAGAUUGCCACAAGUUUGCCAAGUUAGUGUCCCAGAUCUAUCAUUGGGAGAUUGUGGUUCGGGAUAGAGCCAGAUUCCAUCAUUUUACAGAGGGAGCCUGCUCUUGCAAUGAUUUUUGGUAGUAGAGAAAUCUGGAAUAGUGGCAUAAAGUAUGCUUUCUUGUCACACUUGACACUUCGUUUGCUUACUAUGUUAAUUUCUUUUCCUUUUUACUGCAUGAAGGUCUUUUUUUUAACCUUUUUAGUAGGACACAAUCUUGCUGAA